GGCAACAAUUCCGACUCGCAUUAAUUCUAACGACCACCGGUGGACCGAGAUAUGUUAUGUAUGUUGUGUUUCAAUGAUUGUUAUUUCUUAAUUGGUUUUUCUUUUCACUCUCUUCUGCUGUAAUUCUAAUGAAGGCAUCAAGAGAAGAUAAGUCCCAUCUGUGAAUCUCAAAAUGCCGCGUAGUAUAUCAGUGAAGGAGAUUUCGCAGCACAGCAUUCCUUCAGAUUUAUGGGUUGUGAUAAAUGAUACAGUUUAUGAUCUGACAGACUUUGCUCCCGAACACCCUGGAGGCGCCAGCAUAAUUCUGCAAUAUGCUGGCCGCGAUGCCUCAAAAGCUUACUCUGAAAUCCAUGCACCCUCCUUGAUAUCGUCCUCACUUCCAGCCUCGAAAGUCUUGGGAACAGUUGAUCUCUCUACUAUAACGGGAGAAUGGAUCAAACCUCCGCCCGAAGUUUCAAAGACUGUAGCCCCUCGAUCUAAGCCCUCUCUUGAUAAUUUAAUAAAUACGCACGACUUCGUAUCCGCCGCGGAAACAUUUCUUACGCCAAAAACUUGGGCAUUUUAUUCUUCCGCCGCUACAGAUCUUAUAACCAAAGACCGAAAUACUUCUACAUAUGCAGAUAUUAGUCUUCGUCCUAGAAUACUGAGGAAUGUCAAAAAUGUUAGUACAAGAACUACAAUGCUUGGUAGUCAGAUGGAAGUGCCAAUCUUCUGCUCGCCAGCAGCAAUGGCAAAAUUGGUACACCCACAAGGUGAGCGGGAGCUAGCUCGUGGGCUGAGAUCUGCGGGAUCGGCAAUGACUGUCAGUACAAACGCUAGUUUUCCAAUUGCGGAAAUAUUUGAGGCCGCGUGUGAAAACCAUUCGCAGACUUCCAAUGAAAGGAGAGAACUUCCAGUAUUCUUUCAGCUUUACGUUGAUAAGGAAAGACAUAAAUCUGAGAAGCUUCUACAAGAUGUGGAAAAUCUCGGUGUCAAGGCAAUAUUUGUGACUGUUGAUGCACCAGUGCCUGGAAAGCGAGAGGCGGAUGAACGAGUAAAAGCAGAUGAGAGCUUGUCUACUCCAAUGAGUGGUGCAAAAGCCAAGAAUGACAAGAAAGGCGGUGCCUUGGGAAGGAUAAUGGGAGCUUAUAUUGAUGCUACACUUUCAUGGUCAGAUAUCGCCUGGCUACGAAGAUGUACGAAGCUUCCUAUUUUACUGAAAGGUGUACAAACUUCGCUCGAUGCGAAAAUGGCGCUCGACUAUGGAAUAGAUGGGAUUUUGAUAAGUAAUCAUGGUGGCAGAAGUUUGGACACAAGUCCGGCUUCGAUACUGGUUUUGUUAGAAUUGCAAAAGAAUGCACCCGAGGUUUUCGACGGAAUGGAAGUUUUCAUUGAUGGUGGGAUUAUGAGAGGAACUGAUAUAUUUAAAGCAUUGUGCCUAGGAGCCAAAGCUGUUGGAAUUGGUCGGGGCUUUUUGUUUGCUCUUGGCUGGGGCCAUGAGGGCGUAGAGAAAUAUAUCGAUAUUCUGAAAGACGAGUUGGAGACAACAAUGAGGAUGAUGGGUAUUACGGACUUGUCACAAGUUCACCCUGGCAUGUUGAAUACUAGAGCAGUAGAUCAUCUGAUUCCAGACGGAGAGGAGGAUCAUCCAUAUGCAAAAUGGAGACCAAAAGCAAGAAUAUAAGUCUAGUAAUUGGCAGAAAUACUCAGGCAUCAACUAAAACCUACGAAUACCUACAGAAGCCAUGCUUCCCAAUUUUUAUCACUUUUUGCAUGUCUCGAAGCAUACGGUUUUUACCAUCUUAAAACUCUAGAUUAAAAUUCUCCGAUAUCUCGAUCCCCAGAAAUUAAGCAAUGCCGUUCAUUAUAUGGUGUAAAAGAGUAGAAGUGAUUGGGGGUGAAUCAUUAUAUGGCGAUAGCGAGGUACAAGAACACACUUGGGCUAGAAUACAUAAUGUAGGGGAUCAAAGUAAGAGGGAGUAAAUUAGAUGUAUUUUUAGUCUACAAGAGGAGGGGCUAUGAAUACUAAUGAUCUUGUCAUGUGACCCGUAGGUCACGUUUCCCGCGCACAAUGGGUAUAAUGAGAUCAUCACAAACUUCCA